GCGGGGCGCGGUGGCAAGUCGAGUUGUUCCCCUGUAAGCGUCGGGAAGUGGGGUGUUUCACACGCACCCCCACGGAAGCAGCUAAUGCAGUACCUAAGGACUCCAGUUGAAAUCGAGGCCCCUUUGUCUAGGCUUGGUACAAACAUACAGAGAGAGAGAGAGUCCCUGCUGAAGACAAAGGGUUGUGGGGAAGGAAUAUGACCUACAAGCAGAGUGAACAAUUUGAUGAUCUACAAAUGUCAUUAGCUGUCCCCUUACUCCAUUUUGUUUUUGUUCUCCUCCUGUGGCCGCCCCUCCCUGGCUGUUAAGUUGUUUACCAGGGCCACUGCCCUUCUCAAAGGGAGGGCCCCUUAAGUUGUUUACCAAGAAGCCAUUGCCCUUCUCAAAGGGAUGGCCACUUGUGCUACGUGCUAAGUGGGACUACUGCCCUGUUCAAAGGGUUGGUCCUGUUAUCACCUUGUUAAACCUGGGCUCGGUGUAGGGUAGGCAAUGUCCAGAGCUGCAAGACCUAAUGUGUUUUUAAGAUCCUGGGCAUGAGUCAUAGGCCUCAUGUGCUUUUGAGUCCUGAGGUGGGAACUCACGCCUAUGGUCCAGGACUCUGCCCAGGCAUGUCUCUAUGCUCACCUGCAGUUUUUCCCUGUAUCUCCUCCCCUGUGACAGAAGGAGCCUAUCAGGAUUACUGGUGGGGAAACUGCCUGAGAUUGCCUUUAAGAACAGGCAUUUUUGAAACAAAGAUCAGAAAGGUUCCUGCACUGCUACCUGGUCUGAUCAGCCAGGAGUUCUGGGGGGUCCUUUCUCCGCUCUCGUUUUAUUUUUGAGCAUACCCCCGUUUUUAAUACCCCCCCCACGAAGAACGAAUUGCUGCCUGAGAGACCUCCUGAUUAUCGAGACCUCCUGAUUAUCAAGACCAUACCGAGCCCUCCUUGCUUCUUCUGAUGUUGUUGCUGCUUCUGCCUUUGCUGCUGCCUUGGGGACUGGUUUUCCUAUCUGUCACAGUAACCAUUGGAGUGAGUGGAUACUAAUCUUUGCCAUUUGACCAGGAGUAUAGCCUUUUGUAAUCCUGACCCAUAUGACUGUGAGUUGCUUUCCCCUGCCCUGAAGCGCAGGAAUACCAAGAUGAGAGCUGCCCUGACAGUUGAGAAGCGAGUGGCAAUAGCCCUGUGGAAGUUUGCAACGCGUGACUGCUACCGGUCAGUCGGGAAUCAAUUUGGAGUAGACAAAUCUACUGGGGGGACUGCUGUGAUCCAAGUAGCCAAGGCAAUCACUAACCUUCUGCUAGCAAGGGUAGCGACUCUGGGAAAUGUGCAGGUCAUAGUGGAUGGCUUUGCUGCAAUGGGGUUCCCUAACUGUGGUGAGGCGAUAGACGGAACGCAUAUCCCUAUCUUGGCACCGGACCACCUUGCCAACCAGUACGUAAACCGCAAGAGGUACUUCUUAAUGGUGCUGCAAGCACUGGUGGAUCACAAGGGACGUUUCAUCGACAUCAACGUGGGAUGGCCGGGAAAAGUGCAUGACGCUCGCCUCUUUAGGAACUCUGGGCUGUUUGAACAACUGCAAGAAGGGACUUACUUCCCAGACCAGAAAAUUACUGUUGGGGAUGUUGAACUGCCAAUAGUUAUCCUUGGAGACCCAGCCUACCCCUUGCUCCCAUGGCUCAUGAAGCCAUACACAGGCAGCCUGGACAGUAGUAAGGAGCGGCUCAACUAUAGGCUGAGCAAGUGCAGAAUGGUGGUAGAAUGUGUCUUUGGACGUUUAAAAGCUCGCUGGCGCUGUUUGCUGACUAGGUUAGACCUCAGCACAACCAAUAUUCCCAUUGUUAUUGCUGCUUGCUGUGUACUCCUUAAUAUCUGUGAGAGUAAGGGGGAAAAGUUUGUGGUGGGGUGGGAGGUUGAGGCAAAUUGCCUGGCGUCCGAUUUUGAGCAGCCAGACACCAGGGCGAUUAGAAGAGCACAGGUAGGCGCGCUGCGCAUCAGAGAGGCUUUGAAAACCAGUUUCAUGACUGGCCAGGCUACGGUGUGACAGUUGUGUGUGUUUCUCCCUGAUGCAAACCCGCCCCCUUUGUUGAUUUUAAUUCCCUGUAAGCCAGCCACCCUCCCCUCUUCGAUCACAGUUGGCAAAGGAAAUAAAGUCACU